GCCGUUAUAAGUAGUGGCUUCCUUCCAGUUCCAUCCCUCCCCGUCCCUCCAAACCCACGCCACCGCCACCUUUCCCGCCGGCCCCGCUUCCGCCUCCGCCGCUGUCUGGUCCUCGAGCCGAACCGCUCUCCUCCCAUGGCGGACCCGGUCGACGCUCCUUCCAAGGCGGCCCCGGUCGACGUCCCUUCCAAGCCGGCCCCGGUCGACGUCCCUUCCAAGCCGGCCCCGGUCGACGCUCCUUCCAAGGCGGCCCAGGUCGACGGCCCUUCCAUGGCGGCCCAGUGCGGCGCGCCUCCCAAGGCGGCCACCGGUCCCGGUCUCUACUCCGAGAUCGGCAAGAAGGCCAGAGAUCUUCUCUGCAAGGAUUUCACCACGGACCAGAAGCUUACCCUCACCACUUACGCCGCAAAUGGAACUGCAAUCACUGCUACAAGCACAACGACAAAAGAAGCUGUCCUUGGCGAGAUCCAGACCCAGUUUAAGUACAACAAUGUCAAAGUUGAUGUGAAAGCAAAUUCAGACUCUCAAGUGUUAAUCACAACCACAUCCGAGACUCGGUACAUACCAGGCUUGAAGAGAAUUGUGACCGUUCCUUUGACAAACCACACUCCUGCUAAGGCUGAGUUGCAAUACUUCCAUGAUUACGCUGGAAUCAGUGUGGGUUUUGGCCUACACUCAAAACCUCUGAUUAACGUUUCAGCUCUGGUUGGCAACAAAGCUUUUGCUCUUGGUGCUGAUGUUGCCUAUGAUAGUGCAACUGGGGAUUUCACCAAGUACAAUUUCGGAGCGAGUUUCACCAACGACGAUCUUUACGCUGCUGUGAUGCUGAACAACAAAGGGGACAGCCUAUCUGCGUCUUACUACCAAAUGGUGAGCAACAGCCAGGCAGCUGCUGGAGGAGAAGUGAGCCACAGCUUGUCGAGCCAUGAGACCACCACCACCUUGGGGUUUCAGUAUUCCUUGGACCCUCUGACCACCACGAAGGUGCGCUACGACAACCACGGCAUGGUCAGUGCCCUCAUCCAGCACGAGUUGAGGCCCAAGUCAUUGCUGACCAUCUCCAGCGAGUUCGACACCAAGGCCAUCGAGAAGAGCUCCAAGAUCGGGCUCUCGCUGCUCCUUAAGCCCUGAUGAUGAUGAUGCCGAUCCCUUCUAGGUUUAGGAUGGGGGUGGUAGACUGGUAGCUUUCCAUAUCACAUACACCUGAGGAGGUCGUGUUUGGUCCGACUCGUCUUGUUUCUGCGAACUUGUCCUCGCUUGCUGUCAUCUUAUUGAGAAUUAGUACUACUUGUCCAAUGUCCA